CAAUGAGUAACGGGCAAGCUUUGAGUUUAAAUAGAACAUAUUUCACGGUUUCCUAUUAUGGGAAUUGCACGUGAGAGACUUGAAACAGUUGGUUAAGUGAAUGUAGAAUUGAUUCCAGUGUAUUUUGUGCACUCUUACUUGGCUAGUUUUGUUAAAUUAGGGUCACGAUGUUUGUCCAGAAGCCACAGAGGAGUAUUGAGCGUCACUAGGUAGCCAUUUAAUGCACCUGCUGAUAUAUCCUGCAAAGUUUGUGAUAUAAGAUUUUUUUGUAAGCGAUAAACAAAAAAUGUGUUAGGUAAAAGGAAGCAGUGUAACCAAUUUGUCGUUAUUUAAAAAAGCAAUUUCAAACCCGUAGUUCAAAGGCUAAGUUGACGUCAGAAUUUAUUGCGAAGUGUGAGGAAACAUGUCUGGACCAGAAUUGUUUCUAGACUCCAGCAUCCGAAUUUGGGUCGUCUUGCCUAUAGUAUUUAUAACGUUCCUUGUCGGAGUUAUUCGCCACUACGUUACUCAGCUGUUGCACAGUGACAAGAAGGUGGAACUCGAACAGGUGUCUGACAGCAAAGUCCUACUGCGGAGCCGCAUUUUGCGAGAGAAUGGAAAAUAUCUUCCUAAACAGGCUUUUGCUAUGCGGAAACACUACUUUAACAAUGCAGAAAGUGGGUUCUUCAAAAAAGUUAAGCGGAAGGUAAUUCCAAAAAACCCAAUGACUGAUACCAGUAUGGUGACAGACAUGAUGAAAGGAAAUCUCACUAACGUGCUACCUAUGAUUUUGAUUGGUGGAUGGAUUAACUGGGCAUUUUCUGGCUUUGUUACCACUAAGGUUCCUUUCCCAUUGACUUUGAGAUUCAAGCCCAUGCUUCAGCGUGGAAUAGAACUUCUGUCUCUUGAUGCUUCCUGGGUGAGUUCGGCUUCUUGGUACUUUCUCAACGUUUUUGGCCUCCGCAGCAUGUACAACCUCCUCUUAGGGCAUAACAAUGCAGCCGAUCAAUCAUCCAUCAUGCAGGACCACAUGACUGGAGCUGCAAUGCCUGUACCUCCUGAUCCCAACAAGGCCUUUAAGAGUGAAUGGGAGGCACUGGAGAUUGUUAAUCAUCACUGGGCCCUGGAGAAUGUGGAGGAGGAGCUCAUAUGUCGGGAAUUGAAUUUUGGUGGCAUGUUCAGUCAUGAACUAAAAACCACUAUGUUUUGACUGUAUUUUUAAAGGUUGCCGGGAUUACCUUUUCCUCGUUAGUGAAUUUUUGAUGAUCACCAUGAAAAAGGUUAUUACAAUGCAAAUUUCCCAUCUAUCCAUCUUCCAAACCGCUUAUCCUACUGGGUUGCGGGGGGGCCGGAGCCUAUCCCGGAAGCAAUGGGCAUGAGGCAGGGAGAAACUCAGGAUGGGGGGCCAGCCCAUCGCCGGGCACACUCACACACCAUUCACUCACACAUGCAAUUUGGUCAUUCCAAUCAGCGUGUUUUUGGACUGUGGGGGGGGGGGAACCAGAGUACCUUAAGGAAACCCUACUAUACUAUAGGGAGAACAUGCAAACUCCACACACAGGUAACCCAGGCAGAGACUCGAACCCGGGUCCCAGAGGUGUGAGGCAACAGUGCUAACCACUGCACCACCAUGCUGCCCCUGCAAAUUUCCCAUUAAGUAAAAUUUAAAAAUGUAUUGCUUGCCUUUCCCCAAGAAGUGGAUUAGACCAUGUUCUCAAAUUAGGGUUUUAAUAUAUGGGGUUUGUAGGUAAAUAUACCAGAAAUUUUAGUUUGCAUUAACAUGAAAUCACAGUAGGGAGAGUGUUUUGAGCUGUUGUGUAUUUGACUAUUCUCUAUCACAAGUGUUGUUAAAAAUACAUCAGUAAAAAACAGGAUAUUUGACGUGAGUACCCUCAAUAAAUGUCCUAUCAGCAGGAAUGUAAAGUACUUUUGCUUGUAGGUUAGUUACAGUCCUUAAGGACUGAAUCAGGUUUGUGUUACACUACUGAUAACUAAGAAAGUAACCUAUAUUUAAAACAUUUAGUGGAACUGUGUGGUUCAAUGCCUGUUUGUAACAUACUGGACUCAAGAGAUACAAGUAACUGAAGAGCCAUACAGGAAUAUGUGUAAACUAAAAAUGGACAACUACAUAUUCCUUUACACUAUGAAAGGAAAUAUUUCAUAUUGCUUGUCAAAGAAUCUGUAAGAGUGCAAUAAAUUUGUUGAAAAAUACUGAUAAUAGACUUGAGUAGAAACCAUUUACAAAGUGAAAUUGACCUAUGCCAAUGUAGUCAUGCCCCUGAGGGGGGAGAAAAUGCUUUGCAGCGUAAAAUUUGAUAAAGCAGGUAGCUGGUUUCUGAGCUGUUGAGAGGGGUAUUAUAAUAGUAUAAAGUCCAGUCAACAGUGGUUGAAUUUAAGUAGCAAGAAUGUGGAUGCAAUGAGAAUUUUUUUUUUUAUUUGGUGAGAAUAUUUUGUUACCAACAUAGGUGAAAGAAUCAAUUGAGCAAUCUUAUGCGAUUACAUUUCAUAGCUGAAUAAUUAACGUAAAUAAACUAAUUUUUAAAUAGCCUUUUAUUUACACUCUUUUACAGCAUGCAAAAAAUUCUAUACAGUAAAUUUAACUGCAAAAUAACACACAGCAAAUUCUUGAUCCAAUAUGUCUAUAUAUACAUACAGAUCUAUGAGCAUAUUCAGGUAUAAGUAGUACAAAAUGUCAAGUUAUUGGCACAUGAUGAUUAACUUACAAAAUAUUAAUCAUGGGUGUUCAUAAGGGGAAAUAUCACCGUUGCCUGGUUUGAAUAUUCAACAAAAGACAAUACCUGCUGCAUGUUUUUGUUAUAGAUCUGAUCAUGUAUUUUGUAUAAUAAAGUCUUUAAUCACAU